UGAAACACAACACUACGUGUGCGCCCCAUCACUAGACGAGUGACGGCGCCCCCCCGCGCCCCGCACCCUCGCAGGCGCAGACGCAGACUACGCGCCGCCAUUCUGAGACUGCAAGCCAUUCGAUCGACAUAACAAAUAUUUCUUUGAUUUGAAACUUUGAUAAAGUCAAUAUAUUUCUUGUAAAACGGAUCUCCAACCUAGUUCUCAUUGAGUAGAUACCUGCGCCACCAAGUUUUCGAGCCGGAUACGGGCUUUUUGGAAGAUCUGAAGACCAGGCGAGACGAAAAUCGGAAUCCCGAGGCACGUAUCGGCGAGGUCGUUCAAGGGCAAGGUAGAAGACCCACGCGGCACCAAUCUGCUAUUCGCCGUGAACUCCACGAAAAUAAUCAAGAUACAACAUUCUACGGCCAGUCUCGAAUCUCAAGAAUCACAAGAAAAACCAGAAACCACGACCAGAAUCGAAAAACCAGGAAAAGAGGUUACAGUGUGGUAUUGCUGUGAGUUCGUUCCAAUUUAAAUUAUCCCCUGUGUGCACAAUUCAAUUCACUAUCUUUUUUCCUAGUAAAAAUCACGUAACAAUAAUAAUUAUCCCGUUUUAAUCAUCAAUUCAUUUUGUUAAAAUUACCAUUUUGGGUGUCAUAAUCUAAUUAUCUCCCAUUUCUCCCGUCACCUGUCGUCACCGUCUAUUUUUACACAAUCGAAAGCGCAUAUUAUUCAUAAAUAAUCGAAUCUAUUCCCAAUUUUAACCUACGUGUUUGCGUACCCACGUCAUUAAAUUAUUGAAAUCCAUUUGCAUCUGUCAAUCCAUUCAAGUUUAUUCAGUUCAAAGGCCAUAUUUGUUUCAAUGAACAGCUGUUUUCCCCAACACAGUGUAUAUUUUUAACAAAUUGCAUAUUUUUUCUCGUUUUUUAACAUAUUGUUUUUAUCUCAUACAUUCCAGUGAAUCCGUCAGCAUCGCUGUCGCGCAGGUGGUGCGUGCGCCGAACCGCCUCUAACCGGUUACGCAAGCUGAGGUGGCUUCGAUGUUUGCAUUGCUUGCGUGAGCUCUUCUGCUGACCCAUAGUAGCUGCCUGUUAAAAUUUAAGUAUCGCUUCAUACACUUCGAGCUUGUUUCACUAUUUUCACAAAUUUUACUUUAUAAACAAAGUGUAAAACAGCUAUAAACAUUGAUCGAACGGAUUGCAGUCUCAGAAUCAUCUGAGAGACUUGGGCACCAGUUAUCUUAGCUUAACUUCAUUUCUUAGCCUACUCCAUUAAGUCGCAACUCAUUAAACAUGGAUAUUAAAUCAUUAAAAAGGUCAAGAGCAUCAUUUAAAUCAAAGCUUACAAUAUUUAAAACUUAUUUAGACACGCUUUUGCCUUGUAAAGAGCUAAAUAACUUGCAAAUUCGAGCAUUAACUAUUAGAGCUAGCAAAAUACAAGAAAUGUACAAUGAAUAUGAUUCAACUCAAACUGAAAUAGAAAAUUUAUCUGAAAUUCCAGGUGACGAAUAUUUAGAACGGGAGAGCUUCGAAACCAGCUACUUCAGCACAGUAGCUGCCGCGCAGGAGGCGCUCGAUAAGCACACGGCGGCUUCUGCGGCGCGGGACAAUCAGUCGGUAACGGGUUCUAGUGCAUUCUCAGCAUUACAGAUUCGCAGCAAGUGGCACACCAAUCGAGGUCAACUACAGCUUGGGCAGAUGGUCCUCAUCAAAGAUGACCGGCUCCCACCCAACAGAUGGCUGCUCGGUCGCAUCACAGCCGUCUACCCUGGCACCGACGGCAUCAACCGCGUGGCAGACGUCCUCUCCACUUCGGGGACCUUGAGACGGGCUUACAACCGGCUCUGCCCUCUACCCAUGACGUUGGACCAGGAUACUCCAGCUCCAAGGGGCCCAGCUUGUUGAAACACAACACUACGUGUGCGCCCCAUCACUAGACGAGUGACGGCGCCCCCCCGCGCCCCGCACCCUCGCAGGCGCAGACGCAGACUACGCGCCGCCAUUCUGAGACUGCAAGCCAUUCGAUCAACAUAACAAAUAUUUCUUUGAUUUGAAACUUUGAUAAAGUCAAUAUAUUUCUUGUAAAACGGA